AUGACUACUUACACAGCAAAUGAAAUACCAGCGGACUUUAAAUCGACCCUUCCUCCACGGAAGAGAGCCAAAACACAAGAAGAGAAAGAACAGAGAAGAAUUGAGCGAAUCUUGAGGAACCGAAAGGCUGCGCAUCAGUCGCGUGAGAAGAAGCGACUACAUUUGAUGUAUCUUGAGAAGAAGUGUGCGCUUUUGGAGCGCAUCGUUGCGCGAGUGGACCUGACUGAGGUUUCGGAGGAGAGCGAUGACGGUGAGCUUCGCCGGGCGGUACGUGAUUACGAGGCCUUUGUUCAUGCUGGCCGGUCGUCUGAUAGUGGGGGUUCGUCUAUUCCUUCAGCGACGUCGGCUAUGACUACUCCGGGGGCGAAGAGCCCUAGUAUGUCUGGGACUACCCCAGGUUCACCAUGUACUACUGUUUUGGGUGCAGAAGGCGCUGGUUUCGAACAGCGGGAAACACAACUGGAGAACGGAACUGGGUUCGGCAAAGCCGACGCGGAAUCUUACUCUUACAUAGGAGGAGCGGCCUAUGUGCCUUCCUUUGCGGUGUACGAUGAAGCAGAUCCGCGUGGCUUGGCGGGAGCCAAGUCUGGCACAAACGAGUCCUGGGACUUGCUGUUAACACAUUCCAAUAGUUACCAGCUUGAAAAUAACGUGAGCGAACCAUUACAGAUGGCGGAUAGUUCUUUAGAGCUUGAUCAUUGGCGCAAUCCAGCCGAGAUUGCCCUUUGGGAAAGGAGCGAGUGA